AUGAUCCCACAUAAAUUGGCGACCAACUUAUUAGAACGGGAAUAUGUCUUAUUCUAUGAGGCCAAAAUCACCACCGAGCUUUUGAGUGGGCUCAGAAAUUCAAUGGAUGCAACAAUCCCCAUCCAAUGGCCUACAAUUCAGCGCAAAAAAAAACCAUAUAAACCGUAUGAUACGUUUACUAGAGGACUCAAAACAGAGCUAGGGGAAACCAGCCCCUUGCCUUCCCACAGUCUUUCAAAUACCUCAGACGAUGAAGCAAUGAAAAAUCCCCCGAAACUACGGCUACAAGCUCGUUACGAAGAGCAAGGCAAAACCCAUCAGAAAAUAUCUCUGUAA